UUAAUACUCCCACGGCGCUCGCAUAACAGCAUAAAUCAAAACCUAACCUACAUAGCCAGACCUAGAUGCUGUCGCUCGACACUGGUACAGAUGCUGAAGACGAAAUUCGCCGGUUAAUUGUCGACCAUGAGCGUUCUGUGGCGGAUUUACAGACUGAGAUCAACAGUCUCAUGCAAGGAAUUCGAAGCAUCCAUCUACAGAUUGCGAAACACGAGAAAGAAAUUUGGUUUCUCAAGGGAAAGAUCACCUUGGCUCGCCGCCUCCCCCCGGAAAUACUUGCUUCCAUAUUCGAAGCCUGUAUCCUGGAUCGGUGGACUCGUGCGCCUCUCGUCGUAUCGCAAGUAUGUUCUGAAUGGCGUCGAGCUGCACAGGCUCCCUCCAUUUGGUCCCAGAUUUAUAUCAAUGUCGACAGCUUGGAUCCAUACAAGCGGACUCGUUUAUGGCUCAUCAAGUCUCAAAGCGUCCCGAUAGACAUCACUAUUGAUCUGCGCAACUAUACUGGACAUGUGUCCGAAACUAUGAGCCUAUUAUCCUCUCAUCGCUCGCGUUGGCGGAGCUUCACCCUGAUUUCUCUUCAUCUAUCCCCUGCAAACGACGUUCUUCGCCGAUGUACAGGCAUCUAUCCCAUCUUGCGGACCCUAUGCGUGUCUAUAGCUGAAGAAUUUGGAACCAUAGGUGGCGUAGUGGAAGAGGACGCAGGACUCAGUUUGGGAACUGCGUUCAAUGAUUCUCCUUACCUACGGUCUUAUAUCAUUAAUCGCAAUGUACUAGUCGGGAGUGAUAUUCCUCCCAACAUCACCAAUCUAUCCAUUAACUUAGAUGGUGUCAUCACUGUCUCCUUAUCCAUUACCACUGUGUUACAUAUCAUAGCCGGGCUUUCGACACUAGAGGAGUUCUCUAUCUCCUUGGCCCGGGCUCAAGACACGUCAUUCUUACCCAACCGUGAUGCGCAACAUCUUACAACUCUACCUACCUUGAAGGCCUUGACACUCAUAGGACAGCCCGACCUGUUUGCAUUACUGCAAAACAUUCAUACCCCUGCCCUUCAAUGUCUUCGUCUGAUGUCCUCCUCUGAACCUAUUCCGGUUUCCCACCAAUGGUCUGGUCUGAUGCUCCUCCAAUGGCUAGCUCUUGGUAACACAUCGUUGGAAUUACUCGAACUCCGCGAUGUUGAUGUCGCACAAGACGUUUUCAUUUCCUGUCUCAAAUCUCUCACAAAACUCCGAACUCUCAAACUGCACGAUAGUGAAAUAUCAGAUGCUGUCUUUGAAUCUUUACACGGUGACCAGGGUUACUGUCCUCAUCUUUCCAAGGUCGAUUUACGAUGGUGUAGUGUAGUGACAGGCCAUGCGUUGGUAAGCUUCGUCAGAGAUCGUUCGCAAAUGAGUGCUAGGCCGAUCGAAAGCAUCACUGUUAUCAAUUGCUCGUUCGUGGAGGACCAGGAUAUUUUGGAUUUGGCUCAAUUCACUGUGUGUAGACUAGUCAUUGAUUCUAAUGAUUAUUGUCGUACCGCUGGAUGUUGCGAAAACAGGAGAUAUAGAAAUAGACUAAUGCUCCGGGGGUUCAGUAUUGGAAUGGAGCAAAAGAAAAAGCGUAGACUAAUAAUAUAAGAUGGGUAUAGACCGUACUCGUAGAGCACUCAUGGAAUUAUAGACUGCACUGAUUAUAGUACUUGGAGUCGAAUUCGACUGUUAGUCAACAAACUAUGGCAAAAAGUGGUAGUAACACACAAUCCGCCUCAAACAAGGACGGUUCCUUCUACCUCUAAGACUACGUUCCACGAUUAUCUGCGUUGCGAUCGCGAAGAGGAUACAGUCAAAGAGGACAAGACAGAAAAAGUGA